AAUGACGCAAUUCGGUGUCCGGAGAGGGAGGGAGCUCGAGCGGCGGUGUAGGAAAAGAGGAGGAAGCAGCUAGGAUGGCGGAGGCACACCUCUGAAGCAAUUUUCAGGGGGAUUAAAAUAAAUCUUUGGUGAACCUGCCAGCCUGAAAGAACUUCAAUCUAAAGGUCCUGGGAUUAUAUGCAGUCCAAAGAUUCAAGCAUGUGCCCCAUGGAUCCCACAAAUCACCUGCUUCGAAGGAUUAAUUCUCUAAUGUCAUUUUAGCAAAGGAAAACAUCAUUACAAGUGUCUACAACACCUUUGGACCAACCAGCUUUUCUAAGUGUCAUCCUAAAUGUGUUGGUCUGCAUGGGGAUGUAUAUUCUUGAAAGAUUCCUUGACUGUCUAUGUCCCGUUGUUUCUAAAUAAGUAACCUGAGGAAGAGAGAGUCCCAUGAGCAACUUUGCUGGGCUGCUAAUAACAUCAACAUGAGUAGUAAUUUAGGCAAAGAAAAGGAUUUAAAAGAAAAGGACCCCAAAGGUGGUCCAGCAGGUAAAGAAAGGGAAAAGGAGGCCAAGGCCUUAGCCAGUUUAGUCAAAGACGGUGGCAAAGAAACAAAGACCAAAGGGAAAGAUGCCAAAGAAGGUAAGAAAGACACAAGCAGCUCAACGCCGGGUGUUGCCUUCUCUGUUGACAAUACAAUAAAGCGGCCAAACCCGGCACAAGGUGCACGCAAGAAAUCCAGCAAUGCAGAAGUUAUCAAAGAGCUCAAUAAGUGUCGGGAGGAGACUUCAGUGAGACUGGACCUAUCUAAACGUUCCAUUCACAUGCUGCCCACCUCCAUUAAAGAGUUGACUCAGUUGGUUGAACUUUACUUGUAUAGCAACAAACUACAGAGCCUACCAGCUGAGGUGGGUUGCCUAUCAGGCUUGGUCACUUUAGCUCUCAGUGAGAACUCCUUGACCAGUUUGCCUGAUUCCUUGGACUCCCUGAAGAAGCUUCGAAUGCUUGACCUCCGGCACAACAAGCUCAGAGAGAUCCCACCUGUUGUCUAUCGGCUGACGUCUCUGACCACGCUGUACCUGCGCUUCAACCGCAUCACGACAGUAGAGAAGGACAUCCGAAACUUGUCUAAGAUCACCAUGCUCAGUAUCCGGGAGAACAAGAUUAAGCAGCUGCCUGCAGAGAUAGGGGAGCUAUGCAGCCUCAUUACUCUGGAUGUCGCCCAUAACCAGUUGGAACAUCUACCAAAGGAGAUUGGAAAUUGCACACAAAUAACCAACCUUGACUUGCAGCACAAUGAGCUCCUGGACCUCCCAGAGACUAUUGGCAAUUUGGCAAGCAUAAAUCGUUUAGGUCUGCGAUAUAAUCGAUUGUCGGCAAUCCCCAGAUCAUUAUCCAAAUGUCGAGAACUAGAGGAGCUAAACCUUGAAAAUAACAACAUUUCAGUGUUGCCAGAAGGCCUGCUGUCGAGUUUGGUGAACCUGACGAGUCUAACACUGGCGAGGAACUGCUUCCAGUCGUACCCUGUGGGUGGGCCUUCUCAGUUCUCCACCAUUUACUCCCUCAACAUGGAACACAACCGCAUCAACAAGAUCCCAUUUGGUAUCUUCUCCAGGGCCAAAGUGUUGAGCAAGCUUAACAUGAAGGACAACCAGUUAACAUCCCUGCCAUUGGAUUUUGGCACAUGGACUAGCAUGGUUGAACUGAACCUGGCCACUAAUCAGCUGACAAAGAUCUCAGAAGACAUCUGUGGUCUUGUCUCUUUAGAGGUAUUAAUAUUGUCCAAUAACCUUCUGAAAAAGUUACCGCAUGGUAUUGGGAAUUUGAGAAAGUUACGAGAGCUCGACUUGGAGGAAAAUAAGUUGGAAUGUCUACCCAUUGAAAUCGCUUACCUGAAAGAUUUACAGAAAUUGGUGUUGACAAAUAAUCAGUUGACUACGUUACCCAGAGGCAUCGGCCACCUCACCAACCUGACCCAUCUGGGUUUGGGUGAGAACCUGCUGCAACAGCUUCCAGAGGAGAUUG